CCACGUUCCCCCCCGUUCAUUUCUGCAGUGAGAACGAUGCAGAGCGGCGAGCCUGAGGAGGCUCCACGCUGAGGAGACCCAGACCCACCGAGCUCAUUCAGGCUGCACUCUGAGGGCAUGGACAGCUGCUCACUGCCACACUAACUGCUCUGUGAUUGGCUGAUCCCUGACACCUCUAUCAAGAUGGCUCAUCUGUUCCUCGCCAGUAAGAUUACCAUGCCGGAUGACCUCCAUGGCAAAGGUGGCAGGGUCCCCCGGAGUGCCAUGAAGGUGCCGCCGUCGAUCUCUGCCGAGAAGCUGAGCCGGGACAAGCCCAGGAAGGACCGCAGUGUCGUUGUGACAACGCACAUCCCGCACGUCAACGAAGUCCAGCUUACGGCAGCGACUGGGGGCGCCGAGAUGUCCUGCUACCGCUGCACAAUCCCCUUUGGUGUGGUGGUCCUCAUUGCUGGCAUCGUGGUGACGGCAGUGGCCUACACCUUCAACUCCCAUGGGUCCACCAUCUCGGUGCUGGGACUGGUGCUUCUGUCUGCCGGACUGGGACUGCUGGGCUCCAGCGCCAUCUGCUGGAGGGUUCGACUGAAUAAGAAGAAGGACAAACGAAGGGAGAGCCAGACCACCCUCAUGGCCAGCCAGGGGUACUGCGUGGUCUGAGCACACCUGGAUGUUCAGGAGGUGGAGUUCAGACUGGUGGAUUUUUGAAGAUGAGGAAUUUGAAUGCAACGGAAUAACAAUGUGAACUAACAGGAAAUGAAUUCGAUGUGUUGCUUUCUCCUCCAGCGUAUGCGAGGAAGACUCUGCAGACAUGUUUAAGUUUGACUAGCAGAGUGAAGGACGAGUCUCAGACACAUUGGUGGAUACACCACACUGGAGGUGUUGGAUAAAAGAAAGGGUGCUGAGAUGGAGAUAUAAAUAAUAGAUUAUUAAGUAAUUUGCAAACAUACUGAUAAUCCUAUAAUCAUUUAGCUCAUUUUUGAAGCAGAAAUUCCAAAUAUUUUCAGGUUUGAGCUCAUCAAAUGUGAGUAAUUUAUUGUGGGGGGUUCUGGACUGAAAACAUUUAAAUUUCUCAACACCCACCCUGUCACUGGUGACCCAUCUCAGUUUUAGGUUUGUGACUCAAACAGAAUCCAAGCCUGAGCCUGGACAGGUGACCUGUUGGAUGUUUGGAGGUCAUGGAAACAACUUACGAAGGCCUUUAGGCCUUGUGUAAGUCUGACAUUCAGAAUAAGACCAGGGCAGUUUUUCACUGUUGGAGCAGGUAAAUGGAUUAAAUUGGAUUAUUGCAGGUUCAAAUUAUUGCCAAAAAAAAAAAAGAUUUUCUUGAAGAUAAACUUUAUUCAUCAACACAGCAGGUUUGUAAUUUCUAUGGAGGAUGUGUUAGGAUUAAUGAUUCUGCUUUUAUUCUGAAAGUCUUGUCACUAAAAGAGUUUUAAAUUUCUGUAUUAACUCAAUGAACCUCGAAGGUUUUAAGUGUUUGGCUAAAAGAAAAAAGAAAUGAUUCAUUAAAAACACCCCAUCAGAUUUUUGGGUAAUAUCAGUGUUAAUUUGACGGCUUCUUAAAACUCUCAUUUAUGAUGCACAGUAUCUAACUAAAGCUGCUAAUAAGCUAUAGAAGACAUUUAAAGGUACUUUAAUGUAGAUGUUUCUCUUAGUUUGUAUCUCUAAUUGGUCUAAUUUGUGGCCUCCAUCCAUUUCCCUGUGAUAGAGAGGACAUUUUUCGGGGUGGAGAUAUUUGAUUUCAUCGUGAGUCUUAUCUUUUUGGUGAGACUACAGAUGUCUUUUCCUCUAAUGUUGGGUUCAGACUACAGGAAACAGUCUGAUAAGAUGUUCUUGCGUCAGAUCAGGUCAUUAUUGAAUCACGAACAUAAACAUCUGGUCCAAUUGUAGCUUGUUGUGUUUCACAACCUGAUUAAAGUCUCUGCAAGAAGGGCCGAGGGACUGACAAAAAUGUAAUCAUAUGAUGUGGCGUGUGUAGCCACAUUUCCACAAGAAAUUCUCAGAACCUUUAGUUCUCUGAGCUAAUGUCCAGGAGCUUUCCAGGAACUUUCCAAGGAGGUAUAAUGGGUCCCCAAGAUCUGGUUUAUCAGUGUUUCCAUCUUAUUCUGAAAGCCCAUGAAAAAAUUAGGCAAAUCAGACUCGAGUCUAAAUGAGAUUCAGACUUAAUGACAAAAGGCAACACCAUUUUUUUUUGUUUCUUUGCCCUCACAAAGCAAAGACAGCUUUAGCUAAAUUGACAGAUCACCAUCCCAAACUCAAACCGGAUUCCUUGAACAACUCCAUGAUGACGUGUCAAUGACCAACAUGAAUAAAAACAACCUCCUUGUCUAUUUAUCUUGUAAGAAAUUUACGAGGCAUCUUCACCAAUUUAUGUAAUGUUCCUUUACUUUAGGUAAAUCUAACCUCAGCAGAGCCUUCUUGGAGAUGACAGUCUGGACCUUAAUUCAGAUCCUAGUUCCUGCAGUGGCAGUGCAGGUGGAAGAGGUGAGUUCCUCAAAGGGUUUUUAAUCCAUAGAGAAGGUUCAGAAAAGGACACAAAGAGUGCCAUCUGGCUCAUCUGCCCUUUGCCUUUUAUAGACAGGUGAGUCUUUUUGGGGGACUUCAUGAGGCAUCCAUGACAUGGCAUGGCAUCAUUUUGUGUCUACUGUAUGUGAUAAAACCAUCAAAUAUUCCACCUGGUAACAUUCUUCAGAGCCAAACGCUCCACGUCUUUGCGUUUGUGCUGAUAUCGUGGAGUCUGAACCCAACACGCUGUUGUAACUGAGUAACUGAGUAAUGUACAGUGCUGAGGUCAAAAAUAGACUGAUUUCUGACAUGCAUGCUACUCUGUGUGUUUAGUGCACUAUGAUACAGAUGUAUUCCACUGUAUUAAAGCUGUUUAACUCUUAUUUAUUCUGUGGACGUAUUCGUGUAAAAUAUUUGUUCUAUUAAACUCAGCCAA